GAAAAAUAUCUGUCUCGUCACCGGAAGUUGUCACACUGCUGAUGCUCCGCCACCAAACGCUACAUUCUCCCAUAAAUCCAAAGCUGUGAACAGAUGCUUGGAGAAUGGGGACAGGUGUGGUGGCUGAUUUUGGCCCCAGUGAGUUAAUCUCUGGCCUGUGCCACACGGACACCCUUGACCCGUUCCCAGUGUGGCGGGAUGGAGCCAUCAGCCCCUGUUUUAACCAGCUGGUUCUGGGAGCCCUGGCUCACGCUGUGGUGGCCGUCUUCAGUGCCGUCUACCUGAGUGCUCAGAGAUGCAGUCUCCUCCGGCCCUCUCCCCCGUGUGGCUGGGGCCUCAGGGUGGCCUCGGCCCUACUGGUGGCCCUGCUCUUUGUGGGGGACUUAGUCCUGGUGGCCCUCCUCCACCGGGGGGACAUGUACCUGGACGUCCUGGCUGAUGGAUGUGCCGUUCUAGCCUGGCUGGUCCACUUUGGGGCCCUGCUUGUCCUCCAGAGGUCCAUCCAUAGAAGAACAAGGGGUCCCUCUAUGUUACUACUGCUGGUGCUGUUGCCUAUCCCUAACCUGGUGGUCAUCCUGCUGGCUUACGCCCGGGAUUCCACCUACCUGGACCUGGCGGAGCCCCUUAGAGUAGCACGGCUGGUGCUCGCAGCCACCCGGGGACUCCCUCUCCUGGUCUACCUCCUGGCCUUCGCUGCUCCCUGUGUUGGUGAAUGGAGUUACACCUCCAUGUCCGUCAAUGAUGCAGACAGCUCACUCCUCAUCCCAGAGAGUUUCUACCAGGACACGGGAGAGAUGGUGGCAGAGGAUGGCAGUGGCUGCAUCUCCCGCCUGCUGUACCUGUGGUUGAACCCUUUGCUGAGGCGUGGGCGGCGUGGGGAGCUGGAGAGGCCAUGCGACGUCUAUCUCCUUCCCCGGAGACUGCGCACCAGCGUAGUGCGCCGACACUUCCUCCGCUGCUGGGAGGACUGCCAACAGCGGGCAGCAACACAGAGAGGGAAAACUACACCCAGGCCUGCAAGCAGGAGCCUACAGAAUGGAACAUGGACUUCACCCCUCCAGGAGGAACUAUCUGGCAUAGCAGUGGAGGAGGUAGGACUGUUAAAAGUGUUGCACAAAGCCUUCGGGCUGCGCUACUACCUGCUUGGUGUGCUGAAGCUAGCAGGCAACAUGCUGGGCUUUGCGGGGCCCCUGCUCCUCAGCAGCCUGGUGACCUACAUGGAGGAGGAGGGGGCCCCCAUCAGCUGGGGGGCCUGGUGUGCCACGGGCCUCUUCUUCAGCACCUUAUUCUCCGCCCUCAUCCGGAACCUCUUUGUCUUUGAGGUCUCAAAGGUCUCACUCUCGGCGCGCGCCGCCCUCAUCUCCUCCAUCUAUGGCAAAACACUGCGGGUCAACGGCGGUGGCUUGGCAGCGCGGUUCACCCUGGGUGAGGUGGUCAACUUCAUGAGCACGGACACGGACCGCGUGGUCAACUUCUUCAACAGUUUCCACGAGAUGUGGAGUCUGCCCUUCCAGUUCUCUAUUGCCCUCUACCUGCUCUACCUGCAGGUGGGCGUGGCCUUCCUAGGAGGACUGGGUGUGGCUCUGCUGCUGGUGCCGCUCAAUAAGGUGCUGGCCUCGAAGAUCAUGGAGAAUAACAAGCAAAUGCUCACACAUAAGGAUAGUCGUGUCAAGCUAAUGACAGAGGUCCUCUUUGGAAUACGAGUCAUCAAGUUCUACAACUGGGGGGCCUACUUUGCCCAGAAGAUAGCAGAUUGUCGGAGGCAAGAGCUGUCCCACCUCAAGGCCAUUAAGUACCUGGAUGCACUGUGUGUGUACACCUGGGGAGCUCUACCCGUAGUCAUAUCUAUCAUCACCUUCGUCACAUACGUGCUGCUCGGCCAUGAGCUCACUGCAGCCAAGGUGUUCACCACUCUGGCUCUAGUGGGCAUGCUGAUUCUCCCCCUCAACAGCUUCCCCUGGGUCCUCAACGGCACCCUGGAGGCCAAGGUGUCCCUGGACCGCAUCCAACGCUUCCUCAAGCUGCCCAACCAGGACCUUGAUGCAUACUUCAGUCAUGUGGCUCCUGAGGACCCCCAGGACACCAUUGUGAUGAGUCAGGGCACAUUCUCAUGGCAGGGGCCUGGGGGGCCAGACCACCCCACAGAGGGAGAUACAGGCUCUGAGACUGAAUCCACCAAAGGAAGUCUGCUGCUCCAUAGCCUCAACCUCACCAUCACUAAGGGAUCCCUAGUUGUUGUGGUGGGAAAGGUGGGCUCUGGGAAGAGCUCGUUACUGGCAGCCAUCACUGGAGAACUCAACAGGCGUGGAGGUGUUGUAUACGUCCAGGGCAGGGAGGAUGGUUUUGGUCUAGCCGCUCAGGAGCCAUGGAUCCAGCAUGCAACAGUUCGGGACAACAUCCUGUUUGGCAGAGACUACAACAGUUCCUUCUACCAGGCCGUGGUGGAGGCCUGUGCUCUCACAGACGACAUCAAUAUUCUGCCUAAUGGGGACAGGACCGAGGUGGGAGAGAAUGGAGUUAAUCUGAGUGGAGGACAGAAAGCUCGCCUGGCCUUGGCCAGAGCUGUUUACAUGGAGAAAGACAUUUUCCUCCUGGACGAUCCACUGGCAGCAGUAGACACUGACGUGGCCCAUCACCUCAUGGAGAGAUGCAUCAUGGGAAUCCUCAGGAGCAAGACCAGAAUCCUUUGCACCCACCGCAUAGAGUUUGUGGACAAAGCUGAUGUGGUGAUUCUCAUGGACAAUGGAACAAUUAUUAAAACUGGUACACCUGAAGAGGUCCUUCCCUUGGUAGAAGCAGUGCCCAAGAACCGGAAGAAUGACAGUAAUGCAAAGGAGAAAGAUGUUAUUGAGCGAGAGGAGGAGCAGGGUCUGUCCAAUGAGCUGUUUGCAGAGGUGGAGUCUUCACUCUCAGGGGAGGAGCAGAAGGCUGUGGGCGGGCUGGCCUGGAAGGUUUACCACACCUACUGGAGAGCGGUAGGAGGGGCUUUGGCUGUCUCCAUCCUACUGUCCCUACUCCUCAUGCAAGCCUCUAAGAAUGUGUCUGACUGGUGGCUGUCCCACUGGAUCUCUAACCUGAAGAACAAUGGUUCCUCCCAGAGUGUUCUAAUGCCUGCCUACAGCUCACCACAUCUGCUGCUAUUCUCUCCUGGAGGACUAAUGCACCCGGUCAGUAUUAUGGAAACAACACCUUUCGCCAACAUAAGCUCAGAGGUGAAGUUCUAUCUGACAGUUUACGGUUCCAUUGCGGGGGCUAACACGAUCUUCACUGCCAUCCGAGCCUUCCUCUUCGCCUAUGGAGGCAUCCGUGCAGCAUCGGUUGUCCACAACAGACUGCUGGACACAGUCCUCAAGGCUACAGUUACCUUCUUUGACACUACACCGCUGGGCCGCAUCCUUAACCGCUUCUCCUCCGACCUGUAUAGCGUGGACGACACUCUCCCUUUCUUCCUCAACAUCCUGCUGGCUAACAUCUUCGGCCUACUGGGCAUGCUGAUAGUGAUGAGCUACGGCCUGCCCUGGGUCCUAGUGCCCCUGCUUCCCCUGGGCCUGCUUUACCACUGCACACAGCGCUUCUACCGACACACAUCCAGAGACCUAAAGCGUCUGUGCAGCCUCACCCUCUCGCCGGUGUAUUCACAUUUCUCUGAGACGCUGAGUGGCCUGGGUACCAUCCGAGCAAGUUCCAGUGCCUCCAGAUUCGAGGAGGAGAAUGAGCGGCGCCUGGAGCAGAACCAGCGCUGUCUGUUCCUUUGCAACGCCGCCAUGCAGUGGCUGGACAUCCGCCUGCAGAUGAUCGGCGUCGUUGUGGUGACGGGCAUCGGCGUGAUCGCCGUCGUCCAGCACCAGUUCAAAUCCAUCGACCCAGGUCUGGUGGGUCUGUCCCUGUCCUAUGCUCUGUCCAUCACAGGCCUGCUGUCAAGCCUCAUCUUCAGCUUCACCCAGACAGAGUUGCAGCUGGUGAGUGUGGAGCGCACCGAGGAGUACUCCACCACCCUGCCCACUGAGCCACAACACAGCAACCCACAGGUGCCCACCUCGUGGCCGGAGCAGGGUUGGGUGGAGUUCCGUGGGGCCGUGCUGUCCUACAGAGAGGGGCUGCCCAACGCCCUGGACGGGGUGAGCCUGGUGGUCCGGCCUGGGGAGAAGGUGGGGGUGGUGGGCCGGACGGGCUCAGGAAAGUCCACCCUGUUCCUGGCCCUCUUCCGCAUGGUGGAGCUGAACCAGGGUCAGAUCUUACUGGACGGAGUGGACACCAGACAGGUGGGACUGGCCCAGCUCAGGUCCAAACUGGCCAUUAUCCCCCAGGACCCAUUCCUGUUCAGCGGGACAGUGAGGGAGAACCUGGACCCAUGUGGAUGUCACCCUGACCCCCGGCUACUGGAGGUCCUGGAACACUGUCACCUCAGCCCUGUCAUCAACCGCAUUGGUGGUCUUGGUGCUGAGGUGGGAGAGCGGGGCAAGUCUCUCUCUUUGGGACAGAGACAGCUGCUGUGUCUGGCCAGGGCUCUGCUGACUGAAGCUAAUAUACUGUGUAUUGACGAAGCUACAGCCAGCGUUGACCAAAAGACUGACAAACUGCUACAACAGACAAUCAGAGAGACAUUUCAAGACAAGACCGUCCUCACCAUUGCCCAUAGGAUCAACACCAUCUUGGACUCCGACAGGGUGCUGGUGAUGCAUUCUGGGAAGGUGGUGGAGUUUGACACCCCUGCUGAUCUGUGUCAAAGAGAUGACUCUAUUUUCUGCAAGCUGGUUGGUGGGAGGGGAGAGUAAGAAGAGAAGCUAUCAGAGGACUAAAGACAAUGGGAAAUGUCAAUGGGGAUCUCUCUCUCUCUGUUUCCUCACAGGAGGCCAGUGGUGGUUGGACUCGGUGGACCAACCAGCCACCUGUUCAAUGGAGGUGGUAGAAGUUGGCCCUAUAAUAAUUACUGGUCCAGGGUCAUAAUAAUAAAAAAUUUCAUCCCCAUAAUCGUUAAGGUUAGGAUUUAGUGUAGGGUGAUCUGAUCCUAGAUCUGUGGUUAAGGGCUGAGACUUCUGCCUUGAGGCCCACUGACUGACAUUUGACCUCUGAGAGCAAGGUCUGAAUAGUCCAACCCAAGUGAGAUUAUUAUUUAACUACAUUUUAGGAAGCCGGGUUCAUUUUCUAACCUGGGCAUUGUGGAAUUUCUCUGCUUUUUAUUCAGCAAACACGUUAAUGUGGUAUAAAGAACUGAUGUGUCAGUAGCACAGAAGGAAUGAAGGAUCAUAGAAUAAGUACUGUAAUUGCUUUUGUGUUGAAGGGAGUAAUUUAUAGAGCUAUAAUGGAUUUAUUUUGACUGAAGUUUUUUUCCUAGAGUAAGUCAGUCAUUCACAUUUCAGCAUCGUCAAUUAUUUAUGAAUGUCUGAGAUUCCUCUUGCACCUGGUCUGUUGGCAGUAUGACCUUUAUAGCUAGACAGAGUGCACAAUAAUGGACAUACUUCACAUAGAUAAAAUAUAUGUUUACACACUGUUUGAUCUAUGGACGUGUUGCAGAUGAAUAGACUGAGAUAAAUGAAGACAUUUUAAAGUUACUCUUUUUCUAUUUGUUUACCAUUCACACAGAGAACAUUUGUUUGGAAGUUCCUCACAAUAUUGUUACAUCUGAUUUCAAGCCAUUCUGUAGUAGAACUACUGCAUAUCAGUCAUUUGAGAAUGUUUCUGUUUUGUAAUACACUGUAAGAGAGAACAUCUCAGGGAGAAUCGCCUUUACAUACAGCGUUUUCACUUGAGGUCAGUACUCUCAUGUACAGUAAUAUGAAGGUGUAACAUGUUCAAAAUAAAAUGGCUCUACUGCUUGAAGUUCAUUA